UCGGCGACACCCGCUGAUGGGUGUAACCGUGAGAAAACAACGAUGUAUUAAUUAAAUGAGGCACCUUGGGCUCCCCCUACUUAGACCCGCCGAAAAGACUGUCUAAGGACUGUCACCAAAGGAGACUAACUCUAUUAGAGUUUAACUCGAUAACUUCAACCUGCCAUUCAUUUUCGUUAGCCAACGCCAAUGAUUGGCAAAAGUCUGCCUGAAUAUAUCUUUAUACUCAUCAGCAUAGGGCUUCUUCGUCUGGUGGCACCAAUUAGCUUUCUGUACGUUGCAUAUCUCGUCGUUGCUCAACCAGGUACCGGAUGGCAAACUUCAUUGGGACGGUACGCUUUAUUGGAGAUAUUGUUUUAUACAUCGGUCUACCUACCUAGACGGUGGCUGUUACAAAAGGUAUGGAAGCCUGCAGUGCACCCCACCAUUCACACUCGUGAAUAUCGGCAGAUGCUAUUUCAACGAUGUUCGAGCUAUUUGGCAACCUCAGAUUACCUCUCCGGAUGGUUUUUUUCAGCAGAGUUUAAGAGGGAUAACGUUGUGGACUGGCUCCUCUGGGCUUUAUUCUCUGCAACAAGAGACACCUGUCUAGUGGAAUGGGAGGAGGAACUAGAGGAAUAUCUCUCGAUGGUAGAAGUUAUCGUUGAUAGAAAGUUGGCCCCUGGAUAUAACACUGGGGCUCGAUGCAUGCGACCCACCAUCGACAGCGUGUUGAUGUUGCACCGGCCAUUGAUCUGGUAUUUAGUCGUGGGUUUGGUGGAUCUUUUUUCAUCGUUCAGACUUUGGUGCCAGGGAUUCCACCACUAUGACGACGGCGACUGCGUGGCAUCAUUUCCAAUGCGCCCAUGUUGUGUCAUCUCGCGAAGAUCGCCAGUAGUCAAGUUGCCAUACUGGUAUCGCCCUCACAGAUCAAGUACGAAACUGCCCGUCCUUUUUAUACACGGCAUUGGAAUUGGCUUAUACCCAUACAUGGCUUUCUUCGAGGAGCUCAUCGCUCUGCAUCCGGAUAUUGGAAUUUUGGCAAUUGAAUUCCUUUCCAUCAGCAUGCACAUCACCUCCUCUCCACUCUCGAGCUCAGCCACCUGCACUGCUAUAUCCCAGAUUCUGGAUGAUCUCGGACUCGAUCGCGUUGUCGUCCUGUCACACUCUUAUGGGACGGUCGUAACUACGCAGAUGCUUCAUUCUCAUUUGUCUCCUCGCAUUUCAGCGAUACUUUUCGUUGACCCGAUACCAUUUCUUCUCCAUCUUCCCGAUGUCGCCUUUAAUUUCGUCUACCGACAAGCUCGUUCUGCUAACGAGUUACAGCUCUGGUAUUUCGCGUCCAGGGACCCGGAUAUCUCGCGGACCUUGUCGCGGCACUUCUUUUGGUCUGAAAAUGUACUGUGGAAAGAAGAACUAGUGGGAAGACCCAUCGCUGUAUGGCUGAGCGGAAAAGAUCAAAUCGUGAACUCAGAGCAAGUCAGAAAAUACUUGACAGAGGAACCAGCCGCUUCACAAUACUGGGCUACGGACACGCUAGAAGUGCUCUUCGAUCCUGACUUGGAUCAUGCUACUGUCUUCGAUACGAAGGGCCGACGUAAGCGUCUAUUAGACGUUCUGGAUCGUUUCGUUGGCUGUCUAGAUUACAGAAAUUGACUCACUUCUUGCAACAUCACGAUCAGAAAGCAACCCGUCUGUUAGAUCUCGAUCUCAAACUCCGCAUCUUCACAUGUUAAUAUUGCACAAAGGCAGUUAUAUAUUAGAAAAGCAGACUUUAAGAAAACGUGUUGAGAGGAUAGGGACUGACUCAUGAGUCAUGUGGUGUCACUAUAGACGUAUGAGUCAGGGACUAUACAAGUACGUGAUCGUGAUGUACUAGCAGUCUGCAUUUUACCUCAGGCGCUCCGAUCUGCAGCAUCCUCCAUUAAUAUUGAUAACGAUAUCUUGUCCAUACAGACCUGAAUUUGAUUCUGGUACGAUGAGGGUAGGAUCAAAUAUUUAAUAGGGAUUCCCAGUUGUCUAUCCCUUGCAGUUCAUAC